AUUCAAAUAGAUCAAGAUACUUGAGAGCUUACAUCUCAGAUCUUUGCUACUGACUUGAAGGUCAGUGUAUUUUUCUGUUGCAGAAUUGGGUGAUUGAAGACGUUCUUGAAGGACCCUCCAACUUUUACACGCAUUACCAGCAGUGACUUGGCUUUCUAGGUGCUGGGAAUAAUUUUAUAUCCUUCCUGAGUUAUGCUGAGUGGGCGCUGCACCUCGCUAUCCUUCGACAGGUGUUCCGAAGCGAAGUGCGCAGGUGCUCGCGCCUUGACCCGCGGGGUCAUCAGACCUGAGAUCAGAAGUAAGUGCGCAUCUUCACAUGGCUUUCCGAGCCUUAAGAACCUGUCUGUGCCUUCAAAUACCCGCCGUUCUGUCUCUCUUGUAGCACGAUCCUCAUCAGCAGUAGUGGACUCUGGAGGUGGAUCGACUACCGGCGGAGGCUCAGGUGGUGGAGUGGAGGCGAGGAGGGUAGCGGAGGAGGAACCAGACGACGACUCUGGGCAGGACACUGAUGAGAUCCUAGCACAGGCUGAUACCAGCUUUGAGCGGCUCCCCAAGGACCUCCAGGAUGCGCUGGCGAGGGGCGCCAUGUCAGCGGCGGAGCUGCGGCAGUGGCUGGCGCUGGCGGCGACGCCGCUGCUGGGGCCGCUGUGCACGCUGUGGCCGGCAUUCCGCGACCGAGUGCUGGGCAACCCGCGCUUCCUGCUCGUGCUGGCGGUCGAGGAGGUCAUCGGAUGCACGGCCAAGACCAUCGCUGAGUACCGCGUGCGCAAGGAGGACUUCUGGAAGGAGAUCGACUUUGUGAUGUCGGAUCUGUCGCUGGAGAUUAUCGGGGACUUUGCGAUUGUGUGGCUUCUGUCGCCCAAGAAGGUCUUCACUGCCGCGCCCACCAGUGCCAUUGGGCGCAUCACCUCAAAGCUGCCCGGCCACGCUCUCCAGAUUGGCAGCUUCUCGCUGGCGCAGCGGCUGGGCACCAUGCUGUUGCGCGGCACCCAAUUCUUUGGAGUGGGCUGCCUCGCCAGCUGCCUGGGACACAGCCUCACCAUCUUCCUAGUGAACAGGAAGAAGAAGGCUGUGCUGGUACUGAGGGAGGCUGACAAGGCGGAUGCAAAGAAGGAGGGGAGGCUGGCGCUGCUCCCAGUGGACGAGGAUCCCGUGAAGGAGCUGGCGCCCGUGUGGGACAACAGCGUGGCAUGGGGUGGAUUCAUGGCCACGUCAGCAAACCUGCGAUACCAGCUUGUCAACGGUAUCGAGGACCGCAUACUGGCGACCCUGGUGCCAAAUAAGGUGCUCAACAAUGCGCUGACUGUUGUCAUGCGCUUUGGCAACACCUGCCUGGGCAGCGCGCACUGGAUUUGGACCGCCCAAAAGGCCGGACUGCAGUGAUUAUUGAGUCUCUCUUGGAGCACAAUUUUGACUUCGAAAUAAAAAUUCUGAAGACUGAGAACACUCCCUUGGUUGAGCAAGGCCUUAGGGUGUCAGCAGGGAGCUGUGAGAAGGUUGGGCUAGCGAGUUCAACUGCAAAGUUUGCAGUUCCACCUCACCUAAGCCUGAAGCCCUGCAGCUCGCAUCCGAGAAGAGAGUGCUCGAGUGGUCAUGCAAUCGAAAUUUUUGGCAUUGCAACAAAAUGCUGCAUUUUUAAUUCCUUUCCAUGAUUGUGUCCUGCUUGCUUGAAGACUGCGGAUGUAUGAUAGGCGGCAAAGCAAGUAAUCCAGGAGCAUGUUGUCAGCUACGCUGAGUAAUGUAUAUCUCACAAGCACAUUCCAUUGAGUAAUGGAUGACCUACUAGACUGGAAGGGACAGCAAAAUAAGCAGCAGCAAGUGCUCUUGUCAUUCAGAGCCAUGGCAAGCUUGCUGUGCAGAUCGACAGUCACAACACAAUAUUGUAUUACUACAACAUAGUAUUGAUACAGUCUUCUGACACUUUCACAGGGCGCAUAUGUGCACAAUCUAAAAUAGCAUCCCAGACGUGCAAUGCAUGUCCACUCUGCUGCCUGCUUUUGCCCGAAGCUGCCAUAAGAUCGUCUCUGUCCUCUGCAUGCACCGCAUGGUAAAGGGCAACCUGACAUCUCCUUUAGCUGGCAAGGCAUCUGGAGACUUGCAAAUUGUGAUCCUGUUACGGAUCAGGCUUGGCUUGGCACAUUCCUAUUUUACAGCUACAGCGGUCUCCAAUGGUGGGCUGCAUUUCAGUUGCGGUUGUUGCCGAGGAGACGC